GUUAACAAGCCAACGCUCCAACACUGGGCUGUCAGGGCCAUGGGGAAGUGUCUUACCAGUGUUAGUCAACAAGCUAACACACAAACAUUGGUCUAACAGUGUCUGGGGGAAGUGUUGAACCAGUGUAAGUUAACAAGCUAACACACAAACACUGGCCUGCCUGUGUCAUUUGGAAGUGUUUUACCGGUGUAAAUUAACAAGCUAACAUAGAAACACUUGACAGUGUCUUGGGAAAGUGUGGUACCAAUAUAAGCUAACAAGCUAACACACAAACAUUGGUCUGACAGCACAUUAGGAAAGUUGAUCAGUUUACAAAUUUUAAAGUGUAGCCUGCAUGAAGAUGUAGAAAAGCUAUACUUGAUAAAAUGCCAUUUCUGCUCUCCUCUGGUGCUUUUUGUAAGGUUGCUUUUCUGUACCUUUCAUAGUAGUAUACUAGUACGAGUAAUUUUAUGUAUGGAAAAACUAAGAUGUGAAAGGAAUAAUACAUUGACCUAAAGGUUUUAUCAGUAUGUCCAGGGGUGAUUUUUAUGAUGCAUAUGACAAAAACAAUGUACAUGAGGAUAACAUACUUUGUGUUUGAUAAAAUAAAUUUACUGUUAUAAUGAAUGAUAAAGUAAUUUUGGGUAAUAAGGUUAGGGUAAGGGUUUGAUGAAAUUUAGUAUAAAUCAUCACUUUUGGUAAUGUUAUACAAAACAUUUGGUUGCUGACAAUUCUGUUAUAAAGAAAGUUGAAAGUGAGUUAUAUAAAGCAAAUAAUUUGGAAACCAUGGCGACUCGCAAGCGUCGUACAGACUACCCAGAGCCGGUUAUUACAGUAGAGUCGGGAUUUGAUUCUGUAGCAAAACUUGAUAAAAAGUUUCAUGGAGCCAACAGCUUUCACUGGGAUAUCUGGCUGUUCCUGGCACUUGAUAACUGGAUAUUUGACUUUGGAAGACCUAUAGCAGCUUUGUUUGUACCUCUUGAAUGGUCUCCCCUUAACAAACCGAGUAUAGGAGAUUAUUUUCAUAUGGCUUAUAACGUCAUUACACCGUUUUGUAUCCUUAAGCUGUUAGACCGGUGUCCUCGUAAGCCGUCAUCUACCUUGGUAUACCUGUGUAUUAUAACAUUUGUGAUGGGAGCCAGCAUACAUCUUGUUGGUGACAGUAUAGAUCAUCGUUUAGUGCACCUCGGGUACCAGCUACACCUGUCUGUCAGGGACAAUCCCAUGAUGCAGAACUUGGACCCACCAGGGCUUGUUGACUCGUUUGAGUUGUUAUACUUGUAUGAUGAAGAAAUUGGUCAUCUGAUGUGGUAUAUUCCAUUUUUUGCCAGCCUCAUUUUGUACUUCUUUGGGUGUUUCCAGCCACGACAUCAGACUGAGGCUGCAAAGUCUAGUCUGGCUUGGUGGCUCUUAAUGGUGGUUAGUGCAGUAUAUUACUGGUACCUGGUGACUGAAGGCCAGAUAUUUAUAGUGUAUUUUAUUACAUGUGUAGCCAUGUUUGUGAUAGUUCUGGUGAAAAAGUCCAGAAAACUUGUACUAGACAUUAAUGGAAGAUUUCUGUUCUAUACCUUCCUGGCUACAAUGUUGUUAACUAUUGUGUGGGUAGCAGUGUUGUGGAAUGAUUCUGUACUAAGGAAAAAAUACCCGGGUGUAAUAUAUGUACCGGAACCAUGGGCUUUCUAUACAUUGUAUUUGAAAUAAGGUGAAAUAGAGUCAGUAGGGGUUUCAAUACAUUUAAUUCGAGCUAAGGUGAGAUAGUGUUUCCUGUACAUUUUAUUUCAGGUAAGGUGAAAUAUUAAAGGGUCUAACCCACACAUUUUGGGCGAAAAAUAAUUAGAAGAUAAAUAACUGUUGCAAUGCUUUUGAAAUAAUGCAGACAAUUUACAUUCUUCUUGCAUUUUUACCAAUAUCUGACUUUUAUUUUCACCCACUUUAUCAUGUUUCAGUGUCAUAAUGUACAUUCUAUAUCAAACUUUGUGGAAAUGAACAUGUUUAAAACUUUCAUCUAAACUGUGGGCGAGUAGCUUUAAUAAUGUAAUUUUCUUUACAGUUAAAUCAUUUCACGGGCAUGAAAUUUUACGGUUUGAUCCAGAAUGGUUAUUUCAUUGAGAAUUAAAUUCAUUUAUAUUUCAACUUCAAGAGACAAAAUGAAUAAAAAUUUAGUGUAUUCCUUGUUCAUGAAUUGAUGCAGUUGUGAAAACGCACAAAAAGAAGUCUGCCAUGAAUAUUUAUGAUUUCACAGUAUAUUAUGUUUUUACAUUUAAGUAAAAAAUGGAAUUGUAGUUUAUACUGUAAGCACAAGAGUACGUACACCUGUAAUUUUGGAUAUUGAGCUGUGUGUGUGUUUGUAAUUAGUAAGGUUGAAAAUCAGUGAUUACUAAUACAUGUUAUAAAAUUUAAUGUACUUGAAUGAAUUAAAUUUUUGUAAUGUU